AAUGUUUUACCUAUUUUUCGGUAUUUGGUUGUGUAAAAUAUUAGGAAAAUAAAUAUUUUUCAUCAAUCGGAUGAAAAUGACUUAGUGUCUGUUUGUGCUCUUCAUUUUCACAUUUUUAACUUCUACUUUUUCAGUUUUGGGUGUUUGGCUGGUGGGGAAGAAAAAGAGUUUUGGGAAAAUGAAUUUUCCAAUUUUAAAGAUGCAGAGCAGAAGUCAAAAACAAGUCUGGAGGUCCUUUUCCACUUCUCAUUUUCCACUUCUGAUGAGCUAAGAGGAGAAAAGACCAAAUUAUCCUCUAUAUUUGGUUUUAGGACUCUCUUAGGGUACUCAUUGAAAGGCUUUAGAGCCAAAAUUUUAGUGUGACCAUUAAGGAUAAAAUGAUCAGAAAAAUGAAAUCUUCACAUCGGUUAAACCGGAUUGAAAAUUUGAGCAAUUAAUUUUUUAAUCAUAUUUUUUAAUAUAAAGGGUGUAAAAAGCUUUUUUUUAGGAGAAAUGUGUAAAAAGUUUUGUGUGUGCUGAUACAAUUAAAAACGUUUUUUAAAAAAAAAAUCAAUUAAAUCAUUAUUUAUACAUAGUAUAUCCCAUAAUAAAUAAACAAGGGCAACAUGGUAAAAAAUCAUGUCAUAACUCAUUUUCAUCACAUAUCUUUCAAAUACUACUCGUAUUGCAAAAUGCAUUCUGCACAUAUCAUCCAAACACUCUACCAAAUUCAAAAAGUCAUUCUGACCAUAAUCUAGAAAGUCAAAAAGUUGAAAAUGAAAAGUCAAAAAGUAGGCUCCCAAACACCCCUUUACUCUUAAAUCUUCUGUAAGUUAUUUUCUGAAAUGAACUCUCUGCCUUCUACUGCAAUUCUCAUUGCUCAGUUUUCUCGAUCGUCAGCCUUAACCCACGUUUAAUUCCAAUAUUCUCAGAUCUCUCCACAGUUUAAGCCCUUUCUGUCUCUACACUAUUUUGUUGAUUUCUGAAAAUAUUUUCAAGUGUUAACCAAACAUCAUAAAAUAAAAUUUUAAAAUUUAUUUUAAAAAAAAAAUAUUUGACAUAAAAAACAUUUUACAUCAAAACAAACGGAGUCUAAAUUGUCACGUGGAUCAAGUUGUUGGGUCUUCAAUGUAAUUGUCCCAUUAUAUAUGCGGUGUCUAUGCAAUCAGAAUUAGAACUAGCCCAAUAUCUCAAUUCGAACAGGUAUCCCCCUCUCCAGUUCAGAGAAACAGUCUUCCUACCUUUGGCUAAAUAGCACUGUAGGAAUGGGUGCAAUCUCAACCCUGACUCAACGUCUCAGAGCAACACCAACCACAGCAAUAUACAAGUCCGUCUACAAGAAACCGGUUGCUGAUUGCAGUAUUUUGUCAUUGAAGAAGAACUCUUUUCUCUUUGGGCAAUUCACUGCUAGACACUUUCAGGGAUUCCAUUCAAUUCAUGGCGUUAGAAAGCAUGCCGGUGGUCGUGUGUUUUCACCAACAUGUGUCCUCCCACUGACUGAGGAGAAUGUUGAGAAGGUGUUGGAUGAAGUGCGACCGAGCCUAUUGGCGGAUGGAGGGAAUGUGGCUCUGCAUGAAAUUGAUGGUCUUGUUGUGGUACUAAAGCUGCAAGGAGCAUGUGGUUCUUGUCCAAGUUCAACUAUGACACUCAAAAUGGGAAUCGAAACUCGGCUCCGAGAUAAGAUCCCAGAAAUUCAAGAAGUGGAGCAAAUUUUGGACGCCGAGACUGGCCUUGAGCUGAAUGAGGAGAAUGUCGAAAAGCUUCUCUCAGAGAUAAGACCAUACCUUGUUGGCACUGGCGGUGGAGUACUCGAGCUUGUUCAAAUCAACGAUUACGUUGUCAAAGUCCGGCUAAGUGGUCCGGCAGCUGGUGUUAUGACGGUACGAGUCGCUGUAACACAGAAGUUGAGAGAUAAGAUAUCUUCCAUUGCAGCUGUCCAGUUGAUAGAUUAAUGGAAUGAUUGCGACAUGUUAAUUAAGGUACAGAUGAUAUGAAAAGGAAAACUCACAUUUAUCUUCUCUUGAGAGCACUUGAGAGCACCAUGUAUUAAAGCCUUUUAAAGGUAAAAUUACUCUUUCGUUUGAGAAACGCAAAUUUACUCUUUCAUUUGAGCAACAUGUAAUCUCCUAGGAGUAGGAGAAAUAAAUUAUUGAAGACACCCAAAAUUGUACAAUAACUAAUUCUUAUUUCAAGCCAAA